GGACGUUACAUGCCGAAUCUAGGCGCUGCCACCCAUUCGUCGCCUCGAGCUUCUCUCAGAACCGAAUCGUACUAGGUAUUUCGGCCUACGCUGGGAAGCUCGGACCAUGGAGGGUUUACUAUGGUAUAGAUGCGUGAUGCUGAACUCUGUGAUGGUUCUAGCGCGUGUAAAACAUUGGCAGGCAAUGGCGUCUCGGAUAUCAUGGGCUAAGAAGGGAUUGCGCUGGGGGAAAAGGUAAUAGUUACGAUUAUACGAUUACGACUGCCGCUAUCAUUCCGAUUCAUAUUGCAAGCCAUAAGUCUAACAGUCGCUCCCCCAGAUCUUCUAGGAUAUUGUAGCAGACUGUCUCGACGCGUCAUUAAACUAAACCUCCAACAGUAGAAAUCCACCGUUAGAGCCCGCGGUUUACAAACGCAUAUCAUGGACCAUUAUAACGAGAGAAAUAUCGACCAGAAGGAGACUGUGCUUGCUGAAACCGAGGCUGGAGGCCAUGUAGUCGGCGACCUGGUGGGACUGGGACGCGACGCCGACGUCGCCGCUCAGUUUCUCGCCUCCCUGGACCCAUCCAUCGUCAACGAGCCGAUCACCAAAGAAGAAGCUCGACGCGUACUUUGGAAAAUCGAUCUGAUCAUUCUGCCUCUGCUUGCUCUUUCAGUAAUCAUAUCGGCGGUAGACAAAGUUAUAAUCUCCAAUGCGGCGAUCUAUGGCAUGCGCGAGGAUACCCAUCUGGUCGGUGACCAAUUCUCCUGGGUCGGGUCUAUUUUCUACUUUGGCUUCUUAAUCGCAGAAUGGCCUGGUAACGUCCUGAUCCAAAGACUUCCAAUUCGGUCGUUCUAUGCCAUAACGGUCCUUAUGUGGGCGGCUCUUACUUUUGCUACCGGUGGAACGAACAACUUCGCGAGUCUAGCAUCCGUUCGCUUUCUGAUGGGCAUUUUCGAGGCUGUGGUCUUCCCCGUCUGUACCUUAGUUUCGGCCAUGUGGUGGACCAUCGACGAGCAACCAAUUAGGAUCGCCAUCUGGUACAAUACCUUGUCCUCCGUCGUCACAGGGCUAUUCUCGUAUGGCGUCGGCCAUAGCAACUCCAGUGUCGCCCCGUGGCGACUGCUUUUCUAUAUUCUCGGGGGUAUCACUACCGUCUGGGCGGUGAUCCUCUACGCGUUCCUACCAAGCUCGCCAGUCGAGGCCUGGUGGUUGACGGAUCGACAGAAGUAUGUCUGUCUGGAACGGGUCCGCAAAAGUAAUACCGGAAUCGAAGACAAGAAGAUUAAAUGGUAUCAGGUUAAGGAAUGCUUGAUGGAACCCAGAGCUUGGCUGAUCUCCAUAUUUGCGUGUGCUAUCAAUAUCCCAAAUGGCGGCCUGGUCACGUUUGCGGCCAUAAUCGUCAAUAGUAUGGGUUUCAGUCCCCUAGACACCACCCUCUUAGGAAUGCCAACCGGUGUCAUCGCUACGGCUUGGUCUAUAAUCCUGAACGUUAUCGCAAGUCGUCUACCUGGUUGGCGGUGCGUCCUCAUCGUAUUCGCCAUAUUGUUUCCCAUGGCUACAGCGAUAUUGAUGUGGAAGCUCCCUUCGGAUAACAAGCUUAGUCUCCUGGGUGCCUACUAUGCCUUCUAUUCGUACUGGGCGCCUUACACCAUGUGCACUUCUCUUCCCAUGGCUAAUACAUCAGGGCACACUAAGAAGGUCACGCUAAAUGCAAUGUUUUUCUUAGGCUACUGUGUAGGGAACAUCCUAGGCCCCCAAGUAUUCCGCGCCGAUGACGCUCCGGAAUAUCACAAAGGGUAUAUUGGACUCCUAAUAUCGCUCAUCGUUGGUGCUGUGACUAUUGCAGCUUAUGGUUUUACGUGCUAUUGGGACAACGCCAAACGUGACAAGCUGCAAGGAGGGGCCCCGGUACCCCAGACAGAAGAAGAGAAAUCACGAGAAGCCUUUUCUGAUAUGACGGACAAGGAGAAGCUCAAUUUCAGAUAUACUUACUGAUCAGGUUUCGACUAGUGGUGAGGUACAUCUUCCUACGCUUGGACUAACUUCUAUUGUCAAAUGUCGGAAGAGUUUUACGACGUACUGAGGAAGUUACAUAAUUAUUAUCUACAUUUAAUAUAUGUGCUACAUAUGCAAUCCACCAGUAUUCUUGAGUCACGGAGAAACC